AUGUUUCCUACCUCAAAAGAAUCAUCUUCAACCCGAUUAGUGAACAUUGAAUCUUCGGCAAGUCCUCAAGCAGUUAGCGAAUUUCGUGAUGGAUAUGAAAGUGGACGAAGCAAUGAAAAUUCUACGGUCGACCUCAAGAUGCUUUUUUCCAACCUCAAUUCGAAAUCGGAUAUCAUUCCAUACGCAGCUUUCAAGAGAACUCUUGCACUCGGUAGCGAAUAUCUCGGCGGCGUUUGGAAAAAUGUAUUACCGAAAAAUGUCAUCAUUGAGCCUAUAGAGUAA